UUGACGUUUUUCCUACUGUAUUUUUUGUCGUUUCUUUAUAUCCGUUCAUUUAAAUAUUAUAUGUAGCUUCGGGCUAACUGUUAGAACAUCCAUAUUUCUUAUAUACUAAGAUACACUUGUAUGUGAUGAGGGUUCCUAAUUUUAUUCAUUAACAUUUAAUUACAAAUUAUUUUUAGUUUCGGUUUACGUUUUUACGUAUUUUAAAGACUGAUUCCCAGCGGCUCCAGCUGUCGCGCGCGUGCAUGUACGUAUAUAGGUUAUGUCUGUUUUCAGGCCUAACGGUGACAGUGAUGGACACAGCCACUGACCAAUCACAGGGCGGCUCGGCAGCAGGGCAACAUCUUGAUUGGCUGUGGCGUAGACAGACGGCGAGAUCAGAGCCGCCGCAGCAGCAGGUCCGGCUGACAUCUGGAGAACAGAACCAGAACCAGACCUCCAUCAUCUCACCCCGACCUCCCGUUCGCAGCUUCCCUAGGAUCGUGGAUAGUGUACGUGCUGGCAGAGAACCCGCAGCCGCGUCUCCGGGAGGAAGAAACGGCGACGCUUCUUCAGUUCUAGAGAAAACACCCCGCAGCCAGAAAAACUGGUACUUCAGUCCCGAACAUAGCUGCUCACAGAUCUCAGUGUAGGCUUGGACCUCGCUGGGCCUGGUACCAGAUCCAUUUCCGGCUCCUGACGGUCGUGUUUUUGUCGCCUGUUAAAUCCAUCAGGAUCAUGAAGCAUCCGCCUCUGCACCGAUAAUCCCGGGCUACAUCUGAGCUCUGAUCCGGAUUAUUUUGGUUCUGGUUCAGGUUCUGACUUGGUACCCAUCAUCUAUAGCGGUCUGGACCUGUCGUGUUCUGCACUGAAACGUGGGAAAUGUGGGUUUUUGUGAACUGGGCCCUGUUGUGAUUUGUGGUCCUCCAGAAUCCUGGUCUGGUUCUGAUCCUGGUUUGAUCUUUGACCUCAGUUCUGAUGCAGGUCCUUUCAACUGGAUUUGGUGCAACAUCUGGACUUUGUUGGAUUUAAACCUAGUUUUGAUUCUGGGUUUAUCACUGGAUUUGUCUUUGGUGUGUUUGGUCCUACUCUCCUGCUCCUGAUUUGGUUCUGUGUGUCAGAUCUUCUGAAAUCAUGCCAACAUCCCGGCCGGGUACAGAACCGGUAGAGUUCUGGGUGGAGGGUUCAAGACGGGACGGCACGGUGGAAGAGUUCUACAACCUGAGCUCAGAGCUGGGCAGAGGCGCGACAUCUGUUGUUUAUCGCUGUGAGGAGAAACAGACACAGAAACUGUUUGCUGUCAAAGUGCUGAAGAAAACGAUAGACAAGAAGAUUGUUCGCACAGAGAUUGGUGUGUUGCUGCGACUCUCACAUCCCAACAUCAUCCAGUUGAAGGAGAUCUUUGAAACUGACACAGACAUCGCUCUGGUUCUGGAACUGGUUACUGGAGGAGAACUGUUUGACAGGAUUGUUGAACGUGGUUACUACAGUGAGAGAGACGCUGCACACGUCAUCAAACAGAUUCUGGAGGCCGUGGCGGUAAGAACGCUGCCUUCACUGACAGUAGGAAAGAAGACACUGUUGUGUACAGUAGUUAGAGUCGUUGUGUUGACUUGCAGCAGUUUGUUAGACAAACACACACACCGCAUCCUCACAGUUCUCUAUCUCAGCUGCUGGUGGCGCUGUUCUUUCAGCAGCACUAACGUCUGUGUUGAUUUUAAGUACUUACAUGAAAACGGCGUUGUGCACCGUGACCUGAAACCAGAGAACCUUCUGUACGCCGACCUCUCACUGGACGCUCCUCUGAAGAUUGCUGACUUUGGUCUUUCAAAGAUCAUCGAUGAUCAGGUGACCAUGAAGACGGUCUGUGGGACGCCAGGUUACUGUGCUCCAGAGAUUCUCAGAGGAGUGGCCUAUGGACCAGAGGUGGACAUGUGGUCAGUGGGUGUCAUCCUCUACAUCCUGCUGUGUGGCUUUGAACCCUUCUUUGAUCCGCGUGGCGACCAGUACAUGUACAGUCGAAUACUCAACUGUGACUACGAGUUUGUGUCUCCGUGGUGGGACGAAGUGUCUCUCAACGCCAAAGACUUGGUCAGUAAACUCAUCGUCUUGGAUCCUCACAAACGCCUGAGCGUGCAGGAGGCCCUGCAGCACCCGUGGGUUCUGGGUAAGGCUGCUCGAUUCUCUCACAUGGACACAACGCAAAGGAAACUGCAGGAGUUCAACGCCCGACGGAAACUCAAGGCUGCAAUGAAAGCUGUUGUUGCCACCAGUCGGAUGCACGAGGGUUCUCGGCGUCGCACCGACAGCUGUGAGAUUCCUGGCUCCGGAGCUUCCAGGCAGAGCAGCAUGCAGCAGGACCCCGCCCCGGAGCCCGCGAGCCCCACUUUGGAAGAUAAAGAGACCACACCCCCUGGCGAACAGCCACAGGAGGAUCAAUCAAAGAGCAGCGACCAACGAACCCCCAGCCCCUGCCCUUCUCAGAGUUCUAAUGUCCCUAGCUCCGACCCCACCCCCACGACUGUCCGCACCAGACCGCCGCUGCGUGCAGAUGGGCUGCGACAAACGUCUGUCGUCCCCAAAACAAUGCUGGUGCAGACGCAGGUGCCCCCGAAGAGCUGCUCCCUAAUUGGUUCUGCCUCCCAAGGCGAGAGCACACGUGCACUGGCCACGCCACAGAGUCCAGACAACCUCAGUAAUGGCUUUACAUCGGAGGCGGAGGCGGAGCCAGCCAGCCAGUAGGACGGCCCACUGCCAGUGAUCACAUGACUGAAGCCCCAAGCUCCUUAUGUUAAUGUUUACUCAUAUUUACUAACAUGUAUCCUGUACAAACACAUCUUCCACCAAUGUAGCUAAUGCUAAUGCUAACAGCUGGACUCUUCUUUCUGUUUCUACAAAGAGCUGUGUGUUUUAGCAUUAACGCUAAAAGUUGUUUGUCCCAUACCAGAGCUGCUAAGAGAAACAAAAGAGGAGGCUAAUAAUGCAUGGUGCUAACCAUUACCUCUGGCAGAAGUGGCUAACAGUUAACACUAAAUUAUGUUUCACAACUCCAUCAUUUUAGCUGUGACAAACCAGUGCCAAUGGAAGCUAAGUGAACUAACCACAGACGCAGCUAACUUUAACUAACACUAGCUGAUUUUAAACAAAAUAACCACCAGUGACUCUGGUGACACAGUGCCCCCAGAGACACUGAGUGUAAUAUAAAAUACAAACAACGGUUUUGUUGAGUACAUAAAAUGGAUCCCCCUGCUGGACACAACUAUCAGCUCUGAUAUUGGACAAACCUUUUCUUGAGAGAAUGUAUUUCUUUAACUGAAGAGACAAAGAUGAAAACAUGAAAGACGAGCGGCGGACUUGACGACAACGCUGUGCUUCUCAGACUCGCCUGCAGGGCGCGUCAGCAUGUUGUGUUUGUGAGCUUCUAGUAAAACAUUAGCUUUGUUUACAUUGUACAUAGUUGUUUUGCUAAGGAGUUCCUGGUGUUGCUACGUUACUUGAUUGUUGGUGAACCUUUGACCCCUGAAUUCUAGGAUUUUCUGAAGCUGCACCUACCUCUGUUCGUACAAGAGCUUCCAAUGUGGUCAAAUGACGACCACAGGUGACGACUCAGCAGUUACACGGUUAGGCUGCAUUCAUGCCACAAAUUCAAAAUUAUUUUACACGCUAAUGUGGAAAAGGUUAGCAUUUGGUUGGCAGCAGGAGACUGCAAUGCUAAUCUUAUGCUAGCAACACUCAGUUUUAUCCUGCCCGUUCACAUGGCCAAACGUUUUCAAUGCUGAUUGGCUUUUUGAAACAAACUCUUGACAUUUUUAGCCUUUGUUUGUUGUGUCACAAAUCCACGGUCAAGGUGGGCGGAGCCACUGACACGCGUCAGCUUUUUACUGAAAAGAAAGGGAUGUCUAGUCCUGGUAUGGUUCUGGUCGGGUCCAGAUUUAUCCCUUCAUUGAUGUCAUUGCUAAACAAACACAUUAAUGGCACCACAGUGACAUCUGCUGGUGAUAAAAACCUCAGCGGCAAUGACGGUAAAUCUUCAAGGUUUGAGGAGACAGUGGUAAAGAUUCUGACAGAGGUUCUGUUUCUGACUGUUUGGACUGCAUGAGCAUGCUCUGUUUUUAGAUCUGGUUCUGGAUCUAGAUCUUCGUCUUCUGUACAUCCAUGAAGAUCAACCCCAGGCUGGGAAAGCGGGUGGGGCUAAUCUAUAAAAAUGCUUUGUUUUGUGUUUGAUGAGUGACAAAUAUUUUGGUCUCUGCAUGUUUUUAUUUAUUUCUGUUCAUCAAAUCAGAUUAAAUCAGCGGUUGUCUG